AUGUUUCUCAAUCUGUUUCGGUCGAAAGAAGCUAGGAGAAGAAAGGAAGAAGAGAAACGAGUUGUGAAGCAACAACAGGAAGACCGAAAGCGCCAGCAAGCGGCUGUCGCUGCGUCCAAACCCACCUACGUUCCGUACGAUACCCCUUCCUCCAUAUCUACCCCGUCCACUACCUGGGGUGGUGGCAACUAUGCCGAUGCUGGCAGUAGCAAUUACGAUUCCGGAGCUGGGAAUAGCACUCAUCACCAUUCCAGUGGCGGGGGUGGAGGCCAUCAUUCUGGUGGUGGUGGUGACAGCAGCUGUUAUUCAGGCGGUGGAGGUUAUUCAGGUGGUAGCAGCGGCGAUUCAGGCGGUGGAAGUAGCAGCAGCGGAGAUUCAGGAGGCAGCUCUGGAGGUGGCUGCUAA